CUGUCUCCCUGCUCUCUCAGUGAGAGAGAGUGGCCGCCGCCUGCAGGAGCCAACCAGGCCAGGGCCGCUCCGAGCCAGCCCCGACAUCCAGCCGCUCGCACCGGCCCCGGGGGAGGAGACGUGAGCCUUCAGCUUUGUGAGGCUCACACUCUGUAUGAAGAGAGGUUGAGUCUAUGGCCUCAGAGCUAGAUGCCACAGAGGAUGGCUGCUCCACAGACCUUGCAAAGCCCCUCUAUCUCCAGUACUUGGAGCGAGCCCUGCGGCUGGACCAGUUUCUCCGCCAGACCUCAGCCAUAUUCAACAGAAACAUCUCCAGUGAUGAGAGUGAGGAUGGCUUGGAUGAGACCCCCUUGCUUACAGAGACUGAGGAUCCUUCCAUGCAGGUGAAGGAGGAACCCAUGUCACCUCUGCUCGGGGAAACAUCAGGGGAAGGGAACUCUGCACUAUUUCCAGUUCACUCCCUCAAUGGCGUCCUGCAGCCAGAGCCAAAAACCGAGCGAGGGUGUCUGUAUAACUUCUCUAAGCUGAAGAAAAGCCGCAAGUGGCUGAAAAGCAUCCUCCUGAGUGAGGAGACCAGCGACUCGGAUUCUAUAAGUGAUGAAGAGGAUGACUACUCUCUCUCUAAAGAGGAGCUGUAUGGCAUGCUGAGAAUGCACAAGUACAAAAAACUUCACCAGAGCAAAUAUCACAAGGACAAAGAGCUGCAGCAGUAUCAGUAUUACAGUGCGGGCCUCCUCUCUACCCAUGACCCAUUCUAUGAACAACAGCGCCAUCUCAUGGGACCAAAAAAGAAAAAAAUUAAAGAGGAGAAAAAAUUUAAAGCCAAGUUUAAAAAAGUGAAGAAGAAAAGGAGGCGGGAAGAGGAUCUGUCCGACGAUGAGUUACCACAUCGACACCACCAUGCCAAAGUGUUUGCAAAAUUCUCCCAUGAUGCCCCAACCCCAAUGGGCAAGAAAAAGCACAUGACACUGGAGCAACUGAAUGCCCGUCGCAGGAAAGUGUGGUUAACUAUUGUGAAGAAAGAACUGCCUAAGGCCUACAAGCAAAAAGUUUCAGCCCGCAACUUACUGUUAACGAACAGCAAAAAGCUGGCUCAUCAGUGCAUGCGGGAGGUGCGCAGAGCCGCUAUACAAGCACAGAAGAAUUGCAAGGAAACUCUUCCACGAGCACGCAGGCUGACCAAGGAAAUGUCGCUGUACUGGAAGAAGUACGACAAAGUGGAGAAAGAGCACCGUAAGCGGGCAGAGAAAGAGGCCUUAGAGCAGCGCAAGCUGGAUGAGGAAAUGAGAGAGGCUAAGAGGCAACAGAGAAAGCUAAAUUUCUUGAUAACGCAAACAGAGCUGUAUGCGCACUUUGUCAGCCGCAAGCGGGAAUCUGGACCAGACGAAAUACAGGAAGAGAUUUUGCGCAAACUCGAAGACAGUUCCUUCCCUCGGCAAAUCGGCGGUGUCUCCAUAAACAUUGGGCAAGAAGAUUACGACAGUGACUAUUUCAAGAGUCAGGCCUUGAAGAAUGCAGAAGAGGCUUUUAGGAUUCACCAGGCACAGACAAGGUCCUUUGAUGAAGAUUCCAAGGAGAGCAGGAUAGCAGCGUUACGGGUGGCCAGUAAAUCAGAGUCAGGCUUUGGAGAGAGUUACAGUCUGGCUAAUCCCUCUAUACGAGCUGGAGAGGAUAUUCCGCAGCCUACCAUAUUUAGCGGAAAACUCAAAGGUUACCAACUGAAAGGCAUGAACUGGUUGGCAAACUUAUAUGAACAGGGUAUUAACGGGAUCCUGGCUGAUGAGAUGGGAUUGGGAAAAACUGUUCAGUGCAUAGCUCUCCUAGCCCAUCUUGCAGAGCGAGAGAAUAUCUGGGGGCCCUUCCUGAUUAUUUCACCUGCCUCAACACUCAACAAUUGGCAUCAGGAGUUUUCAAGAUUUGUACCAAGGUUUAAGGUACUGCCUUACUGGGGCAACCCCCAUGAAAGAAAAGUAAUAAGGAAAUUCUGGGGCCAGAAGACGCUGUAUACACAAGAAGCUCCUUUCCAUGUAGUGAUCACCAGCUACCAGUUGGUGGUGCAAGACGUAAAAUACUUCCAGCGGGUGAAAUGGCAGUACAUGGUGCUAGAUGAGGCCCAAGCCCUGAAGAGCAGUUCUAGUGUUCGGUGGAAGAUCCUGCUACAGUUUCAGUGUCGCAACAGACUCCUGUUAACAGGCACUCCCAUUCAAAAUACCAUGGCUGAGCUGUGGGCGCUGCUGCAUUUCAUUAUGCCCACACUCUUCGACUCUCAUGAUGAGUUCAACGAGUGGUUUUCAAAGGAUAUAGAAAGCCACGCUGAGAACAGGUCUGCCAUUGAUGAGAACCAGUUAUCUCGGUUACACAUGAUCCUCAAACCUUUUAUGCUCAGGAGAAUCAAGAAGGAUGUGGAGAAUGAGCUGUCUGACAAGAUUGAAAUCCUGAUGUACUGCAAUCUGACCAGUCGCCAGAAGCUGCUCUAUCAGGCACUAAAGAACAAGAUCUCCAUUGAUGACCUUCUCCAGUCCUCCAUGGGCACAACCCAGCAAGCACAGAACACCACCAGCAGCCUCAUGAACUUAGUCAUGCAGUUCCGGAAGGUGUGUAAUCACUCUGAACUGUUUGAGCGCCAAGAAACCUGGUCUCCCUUCUACCUAGCAAUAAGGCCAUACCGCAUUUCUAAGUUCCUCUACCGACAAGGAAACUUAGAAUGUUUCAACUACUCAAGAAACAGGUGGUUACGCUGUCUGCUUUCUCCAUUUGCACCUGAUCACGUCCAACAAUCCCUCUUCCAUAGACACAGGUCACACCAAGAAAGUUGCUUUUCUUUUCUUCGUUUCAUCAACAUGUCUCCGGCAGAGAUGGCAAAUCUGAUGCUCCAUGGACAUCUAGCCAGAUGGUUAGCUCUUUUCCUGUCUCUGAAAGCCGCAUACAGGCUCCAUCAUAACCGUUUCUGGAAAGAGAAGAGUUCGUCUGAUACCCCACUUGCCUACCUUUCAAACAAAGACCUUAUACUCUGGGUGGAUUUGCCACUUUCCUUUCCCAGCAUACACAGCUCUCCGACCCUGCAGAAAUUGGUUUUCGCACGUUACUGUAAGCCUGUCUCUGGGUUUACAGAUCACAUGUUGCAUCGACGAAAAGCUGGUCUACCACAUGUACUGCGUUGCCGAAUUACAGAACUGCCUUCAUUCCUCUGCACCUCCCCCCCAAUGGUUACAGCUGCACCAAUAGACACCUACUGCGCUGAUCGGAGCGCCGAGUACGAGCGUCAGGUACUGAGAAAUGGAGGCAGUCCAGACACCCGGAAGUGUCUUGUAUUUGGAGCACCCGAACUUCAUGCUGAUUGGUCCGUGAGGGAUUUACACUUUUUCCCUGAGAGCCCAAGUGGUCUCUUGGCCAUUAGGCCAUUGCACGGCUGGUCUUUCAUCCAGAUACCAGACAAGGAGAGUCUAAUCACGGACAGCGGGAAGCUGUACGCAUUGGACCUGCUGCUGACCCGACUGAAGUCACAGGGGCACAGAGUCCUCAUUUACUCACAGAUGACUCGGAUGAUAGACUUGCUGGAGGAAUAUAUGGUAUACAGGAAGCACACAUACAUGCGCCUAGAUGGCUCCUCCAAGAUUUCGGAAAGGAGAGACAUGGUGGCUGAUUUCCAGAGCAGAACGGACAUCUUUGUCUUCCUGCUCAGCACUAGAGCUGGUGGCCUGGGUAUUAACUUGACUGCAGCUGAUACGGUCAUUUUCUAUGAUAGUGACUGGAAUCCAACUGUGGACCAACAGGCCAUGGACCGUGCUCACCGGCUGGGCCAAACCAAACAAGUCACUGUUUACAGACUCAUUUGUAAGGGCACCAUAGAAGAACGAAUACUCCAGAGAGCGAAAGAGAAGAGUGAGAUCCAACGAGUAGUGAUCUCUGGAGGAAACUUUAAACCAGACACCCUGAAACCAAAAGAGGUGGUCGGUUUGCUUCUGGAUGAUGAGGAACUAGAAAAGAAAUUACGCCUGAGGCAAGAGGAGAAGCGACAGCAAGAAGAGACGAACAAAGUGAAAGAGCGCAAACGGAAAAGAGAAAAAUAUGCAGAAAAGAAGAAGAAAGAAGAUGAGGUGGAUGGAAAGAGGAAGAAGGAUGGUGUAAACCUCGUUAUCCCUUUCGUGCCUUCUGCUGAUAACUCCAACCUGUCUGCAGAUGGAGACGACUCCUUUAUCAGUGUGGACUCUGCAAUGCCCAGUCCCUUCAGUGAGAUCUCCAUCAGCAGUGAGCUCCACGCAGGAUCCAUCGCAUUGGAUGAGAGCAGUAACGAUAUGUUGGUCAUCGUGGACGACCCUUCCUCCUCCGCUCAGCAGUCCAGAGGAACAAACUCCCCAGCGUCUAUCUCUGGCUCUGUCUCCGACACGCUUAAUGGAAUUUCCAGUCAGGAAACACAGGGUACUGGACGGUCAAACUCGAAUCGCAACAGAGGGCGUGCAAAAGCUGGUGGGAACGGCUCAAAGGGGAGUAAAUCCCGAAGCCGCAAAUCCACUGCUGGCAGUGCCGCAGCAAUCGCUGGAGCAAUGGCGGGAGCUGCUGCAGCAUCCGCAGCCGCAUAUGCAGCAUAUGGAUACAAUGUAUCAAAAGGUCUCCCCGCUACCAGCCCCCUUCAGACUUCCAUAUUACGGACAUCUGGAAUUUCAGACUUUGGCCCAAUAAACACAUCAUCACCAAUUAGUUCACCGCUGAGUAAAGGAAACAGUACUCCUGGAACAUCGAAAGUCAAUAAUCCUCUUAACUUAACACCGGAAACCCCACCACGAAGGAACAGUAAGGCUACUGGAAUCCAAGGAGGGCUGUAACACAUACUGGGAAUGUCUGACCAUUAAUUAGUUCUACAAAUCAAGGUAUCUUAUGGACAGCCAAAGAUUUACAGAAGGACGUCCUUAAACACUUCCUAGCACAGCUGCAAGAUCUACCUUUGAGCUUGCAGUAAGGUAAUCUCGUUACUCCUACAGCCGGGCAGCAUUGUAACCUUCCCUUUAAUGUGUGAUCCCUUCUAGUCCCAGGAGUUACUACUCUGCAGGAGAAGGCGAGGCUUGCUAAGCCAUAUAGGUCACCAAGCGGUUCUGGUGGUCAUCACUUUUCCACGGGAAUGCUGUGGAAGGUAGAGUCUGCAGAGGGCAAUACAUGAUGUGUCCUCACGCUUCAAGUUCCACGAUGAAGGAUUAAUGUAUCACUUUAUUCUGUGCACCGUAGUACUUCAGUAGAAAUUGUAAACUUGAAAGAAAUUCUAGGGUUGCCCAUAGUGUCUCCAAAACUUUAAACACUGGUUCAGAAACAACAGACCCGUCUCCCUUCUUUAUUGCUAAGGCUGCAUGCGUCCCAGAAUCAACACAACCUGGAACCUAGUAAAACUGGAUAGAGUUGUUUGCAUGCAGCCAGUGCUCAUGCCUCAUACCUCCUUUCCAGCGUAAACCGUAGAGAAAGAAUAAGAUGAUUUGCGUUAAAUGCCAAUUCCAUCAUGAAACCUUUCAGGAUGAGAGCCUCCUGGCAGCAAAGGGUAACCCAGCAAUGAUUUGUGCACUUACAUUUCAGACAAUUGAGCAGCAUAUCACAAGUGUGUGUGCAAACACAAUAUAGCGGGAUUCUAAACAAUGCAAUGUCUUCUUUUUUUUUUUUCCUUUUUUUUUCUUCCUCUUUACAAUGUGUUGUCUAUUUUUAUAUCUAAAUUUGUAUAUAUGUAUAAAAAAGAGGCACAUCUUUCUUUUACUAACUGGAGAGAAAAAUUCUGAAUAAAUCAAAGAUCAUUUUAGGUA